CUGAAGGUUCCAGCUGGAGGAUUUGGGAGUUUUAGCCAGAGUUUCUUCUCCACGCGGACUGCUGGAGAGAGGGAGGAGGACGCCAUGGGGUGCUGUAGUGGCAGGUGUACCUUGGCCUUCAUCUGUGGCAUGCAGCUGGUCAGCGUGUUGGAGCGACAGGUUAUAGACUUCCUGGGCUACCAGUGGGCUCCCAUCCUGACCAACUUCCUCCACAUCAUCGUCGUCAUCCUGGGCCUGUUUGGCACCAUCCAAUUCAGACCGAGAUAUGUCACCGGGUACGCCGCCUGGCUGGUCGUGUGGAUGACCUGGAACGUUUUCAUCAUCUGUUUCUACCUGGAGGUUGGAGAUCUGUCCAGAGACUCUGACCUUGUUCUGACGUUUAACCUGUCCAUGCAUCGCUCCUGGUGGAUGGAGAACGGCCCCGGGUGCCGGGUGACACCCAUCACCCCGCCUCCCUCCUGGGCGCCCGAGGACCACCGAUAUAUAUCUAUAUCCGGCUGUCUGAUGGAUUUCCAGUUCAUAGAGGUGGCUCACUCCUCGUUGCAGAUACUCCUGGCUUUGAUGGGGUUUAUCUACGCCUGCUAUGUGGUCAAGCUCAUCUCAGAAGAAGAGGAUAGCUUUGAUUUUAUAGGAGGGUUCGACUCGUACGGUUACCAGGGGCCUCAGAAGACCUCCCACCUUCAGCUACAGCCCAUGUACAUGUCGAAGUAAACCCAGGAGCUACUCCAGGAGCGCUGCCUUACCAACCACCACUGCUUAACAUCCUGCUCUUACGACUCCGACUGUCUCUGAAUAAACAACAAAGACAAGUAGACAGGAUACAGAUGAUAUUCUGCGUUUUAACCUACAAAUCCCCCUCCAGUUCUUGGUCAAAUUGCCGCCCUGGUCUGUUUUUGAUGAAACACUGGCCUUGUGUGGUUGAACACGGUAACUGCAGGAAAUGUGAGCAACACCAGUGCAGGCAG